UAAAUCGAUCGGGGGGCGAGACACCAGAAGCCAAGAGAAUAAAAGGUCCCGACCCUCAACAGUAAUUUGCGACGAAAGUAAGGAACGGAGGCGUCGCGAAUGUAUUAUCAUGAAACAUGAACUCGCUACCGAAAGGUUCCUUUUUUCCAACCCCCCGCUGUCAUGGAGAUACGUACCAACUGGCGUUGUGUACUGGAAGGAAUUGGAGAAAUCUCUUCCACGGCACGGAAACCGUCUGCCAAAUUUUUAUGGCUAUCAGUUUAAGGCAACGAUCACGGACCAUCUGGUCCACUACCAUGGACGUCAUCGAACAGAGUUCAAAGACCUACCCCUCGUCGCGAUCGAUAUUGUCGGAGAUCACAGGAACGUGGGCAUUCUGUAUGGAUGCAUAGACGAGGCCGGCAAAUGAUGAAACCCACCUAGAUAGCAGAGGGGCAGGGUAACCAUGGAUCGAAUGAUGUUAUUGCGAAGGAGGGAUGGGAAGUGGGCACCGGAAGAAAGAAUGUGGUGUGAUGAUGGACCAUGGUCGGUAAGCGGUGUG